AUCUAACGAAGACUUGGAGGGCCUGCAACGCACCACCACACGUCCUCCCGAAUCAGCCUCGCCCGUAGCCUGAUCAUUCCCAAUUCCCAAUCUCUCUCCCCCCCCAUCUCGCCCUCCAUGGUCUUUCUCUAGCACCAUCUGUUUAUUUAUUUAUCAUAAUACAGAUGAUUUCCAAAAUUUGAGGUGUUGCGAUUUUAUUUUAUAACCACAAUUGCUGCCGAGGAGCCUCCGUCGUCUUGUUACGCCUUCAAUUGACAUCCGAUGGAUCAGCCGGCGGCAAAGAAGAGAAGGCUGGCUCCUAAGAUCGAGGCGCAAGCCAGUCCUCCGCGUCCUCCUCCGUUCGUUCACGAACCUGUGCCGCCCGCACAGCAGUAUCAGGUUCAAGAGGUACCCCCACCGCCCCCGGAAAGACAUGAGUUCGAGUCAUUCGCGAGGCAUCUGCAAGAUGCCGCCAUGCUUAUAUAUCGUCAAACGCAAAAAUCACCCUAUACAAAAGCUUCUGUUCUUAUCCUCCGCUGGGAAGAAGAUAAUGCCGUCGAACAUGAUCUCGUCGCUCUCGAUCAAGUCCUCCACGAUCGGUAUAAUUACCGCACUGAGCGUUUCAACAUACCUACCAUUCCAAAUCCUAGCGUCAAACUUGGCGUUCGUAUGGCAUCUUUUCUUGAAAAUGCGGCACCCGACCAUCUGUUAAUAAUAUAUUACGCGGGCUACAGUUAUGUUGGCGAGGAUCAUCAACUCUAUUGGGCAAGUAAUUCGGAGAGGACUUCAAAGGCGAAAUGGAGUGGAAUUCGAUGUCUUUUCGAAGAUGUUCAGUCCGAUAUACUUCUGCUUCUUGAUACUUGUGCCGCUAAAGAACAGCCGGUUAUAGAGGGUAGCAGUGUCAAGCAGGUCAUUGCGGCUAACUCGCCGGAAUAUUAUACCCGAGAUCAUAGCUUACGGUCAUUCACAUCCUGUAUUACGGAAGCAUUAGUUAAAUUAGGCAGUGGGCGACCUUUUACCCCCGAGCGUUUGCAUCACGAAGUGGCCACUCAGAGACAACAAGAUCUGAUCCAGGCUUCGGGACUGACUAAUGGAGCUAGCAAAAGCAUACCGCUCACCGAAAAGUUACCGGUUUUCUACGCUCUAAGUUCCAUUAAAGAUCAAUCUAUCUCUAUAUCCCCCCUCCCGCCUCACAUCGAGGCACAAUCAAGAUCUCCCCAGAUUGGAAUCGACGGAGAUGCCCAACUAUUCAAGACGCCCCGGGAAGAUCCAAUCAUUCACCGAAGCGCAGUUGCAGACUUGACCUUCGAUGAACCAAGAGCCCUAGUUUGUACAACGUUUGUCGGCGAAGCCAGCCCGGAUAUGUCCUCUUUCAACCACUGGCUUCAUAAUGCCCCUGCUAUUGCCUCAAAAAUUACUGUCGAGGGCAUGUUUCUAGGACCACCUACAAUGCUGCUCAUAUCAAUGCCGCUUCUUGUCUGGAACGUCGUUCAGCAUGAUAAAGUCUGCUGCUUUUUAGGAUAUGUGAAUUCCCAUAAUAUGACGCCCCUUUACAAUCGAUUAGUCAGUCUCGUUCCUGUCCUCAACACGGCAUCGGCGAAAGACGUGGAAGACGGUCGGAUGCUCCUAGAAGCUCGGGAGGUGGCUGCAAGCACGCCAAUCGUACGCCGACAUGAACUUCCUACCCAUUCUCAACUACGACCAGAGACACCAGUUCGUCCAGAGAGCAUGGGUAGACUUGAUUCCGUAACGUUGCCCCAACCAUCUAGUACCCCCAGUAUCGCAUAUACCAGCUCGAGGCCGGGUACUGCUAUACCUAAAAAUGACGUUGAAGAUUCGGCUGAGAUGCAGGAAGCUGCUGAGCAGUUAAAGGCUCUCAGCCAUGUCCGGCACUUGAGCAAUGAUAACAUACCUGCUGUUCACGCACAAGCCAUGUCUGUAGAUCACACGACGGUAGCCGGUCGCCGCGACGAAGUUUCACCCCAAGAAGCAAAUGAAUCUGGCGCGGACGAAGCUCCAUACAAUACCGAAUUUACACCACCAUCCGCACGGCCUAAGCAGCAGCGGCGAUCACUUCAAAAACAAGCACCGAAACAGGAAACGCGCUGUAAUCACUGUAGUCAUGCCCCCUUUAAGGAUUAUUCAUCGCUACGUAAACAUAUCGCUGCUGCUCACACUCGGCCUUUCCCUUGUGCAUUUGCCUUUGCUGGUUGCACUAGCACAUUCGGGUCCAAGAAUGAAUGGAAGAGACAUAUUGCCUCACAACACCUGUGCCUCCAGUAUUAUAGAUGCUCGUCUUGCCCGCAGAGUACGGUUGAAGGCAAGGGAAACGAAUUUAACAGAAAGGAUCUUUUUACGCAACACCUUCGUCGAAUGCAUGCUCCUUUCGCAAUAAAAAAGGCCCUUGCGAAGGGUGAUAGCAAAUUGCAACAAGAUUGGGAAACACACGUUAAAGAGAUGCAGCAAACGUGUCUUGUGACCCGGAGACAGCCUCCGCAAAGGUCCUCUUGUCCUAAGGCUGGUUGCGCGAGCGUCUUCGAGGGACCUACUUCUUGGGACGAAUGGACCGAACACGUCGGAAGACAUAUGGAGAAGGGCGAAGCGGAACGGCUCGGUGUUGAUCGCCUACUAGCAAAAUGGGCCUUGGAAGAAGGUAUUAUCGAACGCCGAGACGACGGCGAAUACAGGUUAUGUAGCGGAUCUAGCAAUAACCCAGAGAGAGAGUCCGCCGGCAACAAUAUGGAAUACCACUCUGAUGGAAAUAAACGUGACAGAGAUCGAGACCGAGAUCAAGACCGAGAUCAAGACCGAGACCAGGACCGGGAUCAAGAGGACCGGACGAUAGUAGCAGCAAGUACGAUGGUGGAUAAAAUGGACGUGGACGGAUGACGCUGAGCUAUAUAUUAUACAGAAUGCUAUUCAAGGCGAAGCAUUCAGAUGGGAUUUUUUCUCUUUCUUAAGGGCAUAGGGAUCGGUCGAAAAUUACGUGCCUCGCGAGGUUUAACAGGACGAGUUUACGAAUUUCUUUUGCUCGUUUUACCGGGUGUAUCCCAACUAGAUGUGGCACGAUCACCUGACGUUUCUAUUUUGUUAAGCGCAGACUACAGGGACGACUGUACGACUAUAUACCACUUUCGAGCAUACUCUUGCGAAUGUCCAUCGGGUCGGUUGUUUGAGAUAGACAUUAGGAAGGAGGGGGAAGGAAAGGGAGGCCUGCAUAAUUUGGUUCGGUAUAUUUUUAUCUUAAUCACUUUGAGCGUUGCGCAUUCUGGCACGUAUCUGGUGAUCAUCCCCAGGCUCCGGAUUGAUUUGGGAGUCGGGUGUUCAUAGUUUACCAUGAUCUUUGGUUCAUUUUGGAGGGCCUAUUCUUGUAGAGUAACUAACUUCAGUUCCAUAAUUCGUUCUUUGGUCAAUAU